AUGGCAAGCACUCUUGACAGGUGGUACACAAUUGCCGACAAAUACUUGUUAAGGUUUAGUAGUAUUGAUACUGUCGUCGUGUGUCGUGUGUGCCUGCGUGCGUGUGUGAAUUAUUUGUGUAUUAUUUUUAAAAAUUGUAAUGUCGGUAAUGUAUGUAAAAAUUAAUGUCAUUAUUGUAAGGCAAGAAAUUGAAGUAAACAGUGAUUAAAUUACAAAAAAAAAUAGUAAUAGGGUUAAUCAGCGGGGGGGAGGGGGGAGGGGGGAGGGGGGAAAGCCACUUCCCAUACAUUGUCUUAAAUGAAAUCCAAAUGAUGUUCUCACAACUUGCAAAGCGAUCAGCGGGGGUCUUGCCAGCGGAUUUGUGUACUGAUCAUGCGCAUUACGUCAAAACCAUAGAUCAACGGUCUAGAGAAGAAACAAGAACAUAACGGUCGAAGACGGGACUGUUUCUCACUAUUAUAUUUUGGUAAUUCGCAAAUUUAUUGAUUUUAUGUCGUUUUUCAGACAUAGUGUGUGGUUUUCUUUUUCUGUUGAACAAUUUCCCCCUGCAGAGUUUGGAAUAUGCAACAUAUAGCUACGUAUAGCUGAUAAGAACCGCCGAAGAGUUGAGCUAUCGAUCAGUGUUUUGCUGCAAACCUUAGGAAAGUUAAAGUCGCUUCAAGGUACAGAGCUUUCAGCAGUAAUUGUGAUUUGUUCAUUAGAAUCGUUUUAAAUUUAACUUUGGAUUCAAGGGUUGACUGAUCGUAAUAAAUGAAGUGAAAUGUUAUGAAGUGUGAAUGUUUAUUCAGCUCUGAUAUGUAGGGCUGUAAGCUCAUAUUUAUACAGGUCUCUGAAUAUAUACUUGCUUUCGAUGAAUUUGGCGCUUUCUCCAGUAAUUUUUAUCAGCAUCAAGUUAUCCUUGCCCGGCAAAAACGAUGUAACCUAUAAAUCGAUCCAGCGCGUUGUUGUUGGUUAAGAUCUAACACGGUUGCGUUUUAUCCAUGACUAGUACAUUUCAGUGUGAGUAUUGUCAAUGUUUUACAUGAAAAAGAUGCAAUAAAUUGAUACUAAAAUGUACUAGUCAUGGAGGUAUGUAAAGUGGGUAUUAAUUUGGAAAAAUUAGCAUAACGUUAAAACAGUGAAUGUUGUAACGCAGAUUUUUGACAUGUUCGUAGGAUAGGUUUGUCUUGAAAUUUUAAGAUGUUGCAGUGAAUCAAUCUCAAUGAACGUUUCAGACCUUAUUAUAUACAUUAUGAAGAUUAUCUGAAGAGAUUUUAAAAAAAUUCGUGCUAGUCGUUUCAGAGAUAUACAAAAAAGCGCUAAAAGUCCAAAUUUUGAAUGAACUUGCACUUACACAGGUGGUGAGAAAACGGGUUAGUUUUGAAGAUCGCAAGAACAAAAAUACACCAAAAUUUCCUGGGAUCAAAAUAUGAUAUUAAACAACAUUCUGACGCUACUUGAGAAUAAUUUGAGUCAUUUAUAACGUUUUUAUCAAAUAAUCUAUCACGGCUAAUGAAAAUUUAAGGUUUUAAAUAUAUUUUCGUUUUAGUCGAAUUCAACCAUACAGAAUUCCUUACUUCUUACGGAGGUUGUUUGCUAAACACCAAACUUUAAGUUCCUAGUGUUGGAUUUUUAGCAGCUGGUCUAAAUCACACAAAAUUCGUCUUUUAUCAAUUUCAAAGUUUUUUGUUUAUUGUUGUCAUAGUAAUAUCGAUUUUAAAUAAAACUACAUUUUCACAAAUUUCAACCCAUAGCCAAUUACUGGUGAAAAUUUUAUAGCGAUCGGAUAAGAAAAAAACACUUUAAAAACGAUUGAAAAAUAUCGGUAUGGCCUCUGAAAAGCUAUAUCGAAAGACCUUAAAGCGAAUGAAUUUUACCCGACUAUAAUCACUUACAUAUGCAGGUGUUAUAAUUAAGAGAAAUCUUUGAGAAGCAAGAUUUUUUGCCCUUUAGAGAUGUUUCAGUUUGCGAAGAAUUCAAGGGUCGAUAAUUUAUCAAGAAAAGUAUUUGACAUAGAUGGUCAUAAAAUUUUUAAUAAUCCACCUAAAAAUAAUGAAUUUUCAUCGAUAGCAGAGGUGUCAAACACGAUAGGGUUUAAAAAAAUACCACUUAUGGGGUCGAAAAAUGAAAUACGUUAAUGAAUAGGCUAAUGUAGACUAUGGAUUAAACAUAUCACAAAUCAUGAUAAGGAAAACUAUGUAUUCAUUGAAAAUGUUGAACAAAUGCUGAUAUUCCCUGGCAGACGUGAUCAUGAUAUGCUUUAAACAAUUUAAUAUUUAUCGAUAAUUAGUAUGGUCACAAUUAUGUUCGUAUAAGAAAAGAAGCUGUUUAAAUAAACCCUAAAACAAUUUUCGUAUAAUACCUUUUAAUAAUAUUUCACAAAAACUUCCUGAGGAUUUGGAAUUAAGUGGGGAAAGCUUAAGUUUAGGCGUUUUGUAUCAAACCAUGAAAUCUUUCGUGGGAACUCUUGUUAUAAUAGCUUUGUCUCUCUUUCAAUACGGACAGUCUAAUGCAUCAGACCAAAAGGUAUUUUAACUUGUAUUGCUAUUUUGUGUUUUAAAUUAAGGUGUCCGCUUUAAACUGUCUUUAAGUAAACCGUCAAAGAGCACUUGAGUCCUUCGACACUAAGACGUUUCAAAUUGUAUUCAUGUAGUAAUAACAUAAAAUGUUCAAGGAAGUAUCGGGUGUUGGCUUUGCUUAUAAAACGAUUGCUAUUUUCAACCGCUGCCAUCCACGUCGUAGUUGCUUACACUCAAUACCUGGACAAGAAUUAUGUCAAUUUUAACAUAAAUCAGUAAUCAAUGAAGUUGUGUAACUUUUAUCGCGAUAAAUAGGUACAUUAAAGAGAAAAUGGUUUCUAUGACUUCUUUAGUAGUACAUGUAUGUUUUCACUUUAAUGACCUUAAUAAAAUGCAAAGUUUCGAGAAUAGUAGCUUCAUUGGCCGUUAGCAACUGUUAUAACAGGUAUUAUGAGAUUUUGUAUAAAAAGAAGUGAAAACGAAAUGAAGGGCAUUGUAAUUUUCUUUUCACUCAAGGAGAAGAAUCGUGCCAAAGAAACCAUCGUCGAUGAAAAAGGUACGAUAUUGGUGCAAAUAUAAAUCAUGAUUUUACAUUUAUGUUUAAGCCAACAAAACCGUCGCCUCACCAGUUAUUUUUUUCUGUCGUAUUACUUUUGUUUUUAAGUUUAUGGUUAGUGAAUGCUUACAUUGUUUCUUCACACAACAACUAAUUGUAAAAUCAGCAAUAUUUUUAUAUGUUUUCUCCUCGCUGUUUGCUCCACGCUCGCAUCGUGUUUGCCUUUGCUUGCCUGACAGAACCACAGGUCACCCAAGUGAAACAUCAGCAGCGGGUUUGUUGUGUAACCUGCCAAAUGGUAGAGGGAGAGUUAACCUCACUUAAGUUGUGUGAUUCGUCUUUCCUAUGUGGUCCCCGAGCCAAAUUAUGGCCAUUUUUUAGUUUUUAUCGUAACCGGAUUGCUCUCUCUAACAAACCGGUUACCAUCCUCCCAUAAUGAUGAUUUAAUUAUUUUUAUUUCAUUUACAGUGGCAUACCUGUGGAUUAACUGGUGAAGGUUUCUUUUUUAACUGACCUAUUUAGCUAAGAGUAUGCGCCACUUAAAGUGAAGCAUCUUAUCUUAUCUCAUCUUUUUGUCAUGUUAAAUUUCAAACAGACGAUUCACUUGAGAUGCGAGCAAAGCGAGGUUCUCUUCAGCUUGGUGCUAUGAUCUGGUGUGAAGUUGGCCGAAACCCGCUCGAUUAUAACCCGUAUGGCUGCUGGUGUGGUGUAGGAGGAAAAGGCCAACCUGUAGACGAGAUUGACAGGUAUUUGAAAGCAGAUUAAUCCUAUCAUUCUAUUGAAAGUGGGCUGUGUUGUCCUUUCGCUAAGGGCUGUAAUGUGAUUGGGUUAGUGUAAGUACAGUGUCCUCCCGAAAACUGCAAAAGCAUAGGAACUGUAGCAUAGCAAAUAGUGUUCACUUGUAAGAUAUGUAGUCCAAGGAGCAGACGAUUUGUUAUUGGCAUAAAUUUUCGUUUUCUGUUGAGCUUACCAGUUAACAAAUCGACAACAAUUUUCAUAGUUUGUAAUUCUUAUCGGCCAUAAAAAUGACGUCAAAAUGUUGAAAAUUCUAGUUUCACUGUUCAAUAUGUUCAAGUUUUGAAUAUAUUGACGUCAUUUCUAUGGUCGAUAAGAGUAUAGAGCAUGGAAAGUUGAGGUCGAUUUGUUUUUUUCAAUAAUAUUUUUCACCUCUAUUUCCGUUGAAGUUUCUCGGACAAUCGCUCAAAAAAGAGAGAAACAAAUAGGCCCCUUCCGAGUUCCAUAAACCUUCACUUUCAAAAUGAGGCCAAGUGCACAACCUUUCUUGUGAAAAUGAGUUUUAUUUGCAUGAGAAUAAAAAAUCAUUUUCAUAUCAAAGGCUGAGCACCUAACCUCGUUUUGAUACACAGGCCUGGGGGAACCAGGAAAUGGCCUAUUACUCCACCACCACGUCAUUUCUGUAGUCUGUUAGUGCUCUUUUCGACCACAGCUCUCGUCCAAUCAGCGCACGAGAAAUCGCUCAGUUAUUGUAAAACGAUUUUCCGGGCGUUAGGAUCAUAAAUGGUUCUCUCAGCAGUCUCAGGAGAUGAUUUCAUUAAAAUGACGUACAAAUUUUUAAUUCUUCGCUUUUCUAUUAUUUCCUUUAGGUGUUGCUAUGUCCAUGAUAAAUGUUAUGACGCUGUGGUUGACAGUGGGAUAUGCGGCUGGUUUAGCGAAUAUACCGUGUACGCUAUACCCUACAUAACCCGCGGCUGUAGUGGAUGUGGUGAGUAUGAUAUGGUUAAACCAUCCAAAAGCAGUCACAUGUCUGCGGUAUGGCCAGUAACUAAAACUUCUAGAACGUUUUUAUUUUUACAUUUUACAUUUCUAAUACGUGCGUCGAAUGUGGUAAAGACGUGAUGUCUUAUUUUGCAAGUAGUUCAAGUAGCCCCGCUUGUUACCCUAGUAACGCAUGAUUUAUUGCAACCCCUGCUUGUUUCCCUUUUAACUCAUAGAUAUACUGCCAGCCACGGCUGUUACCCUACUAACUUAUGGAUCCCCGGUUGUUACCCUAUUAACUCAUGGAUAUAUUGCAAGCCCUUGUUGAUACCCUAUUAACUUAUGCAUAUAUUGCGAGCCCCGGGCGGUUAUAGUAUCCGGUUAUGAUAAGAGUUUGUUAUCUCUUGCAGCGUCCACUGGAUGGUUCUCAAACUCAAAAUGCCAAAAGACACUUUGUGAAUGUGACGGUGCUUUUGCAAGAUGCGUGAGAGAUCACAACUCCAAAUUUCAAAACAGCUACAAAGACUAUGAUAAAUCAUCUUGUUAGAGUGCUCAUCCGAGCAAUUAGAAAGCAAAAAAAUAUCAAAGCAAGAGAGAAAAUGUGUCUUUUAUUUCAGUAUAGUAUAUGGACUAUGGACUAGUAUGGAAAGAAAGAAAAAGGCAAUGUAGUUGAAUUUUAGAAUGAAAAAAAUAAGGUAGAAAAGGGUGUAAACAUCUGUUAGUACGAUUGCUAACGGGCUUUGGGAGAACCCUGCUGCUGUUUUUGUCUCUUAUUAUAAAUAUGCACUUCAAGUAAAAUUUUCUAGAAACCUUAGGGUUUUGAAAUUUCCUUUUCUCAUUAUUUUAGACUCAUGCAGACCUUACUCUGUUUUAAAAGCAUUGUACAAAUUAUCUCCAAAUCAUCAAUUGUUAACCUAACGAUGGACUACCUCCUUUUCGAAUAAAAAUUUCGGUGAGGACACUGCUUAGAUAGCUGAGAAACAAAACGGGCCAGGUCACCCGUCCAAGGGUAAGCGACCGGUCCCGAGGGUAGCGGGUCGAUUGCGAGUGAGUCGCCUGUUUAUUAAAUGAUCGGUCUGUCCAAUGUGGUUCGAGACAUCUAAUCUAGUUCCGGAGACCAAGGCCUAGGACAAACGUCGAACUUUUCAUGAGACGAACCAAACUCUGAUUUGUGUCAGACCUAAAUUAAGGGGCUGUGUCACGAUCAUAUCACUGAUUAAGGUCAAUUUUGUACUGAAGUUAUUACCUAGGGCUUUUACAAUGGUCUUGCGGAGUUAUGAAGUUAUGAAUUUCAUCAUGGAGAACUAAGCAUAAUAAUUUUUUACGUGAUUUUUGCAGGCAUAGCAUUAAAACUUGAAAAAGCUGGCCCAACUUUUUCAAGUUUAUCCUUGCCAUCCUUUGCAACAGACAACAGAAAACAGUUUCAAUGCCUAAUUAUAGUCUUGAAUAACAAAACUGAACCAUCAUUCUUGGAAUUCAAUUAAUGCUUAAAAACGUUUGAGCUUGUUAAAAAUACAGUAGAUAGCGUGUCAGGGUCCCUUUAAGAUCGUCUGUUGGGUCAGACGUCGAACUAAGGGCGAGUCGAACCAAUCAACUGAAUCAAAUCAAAAAGCAAUUUUAGCUGGCCAGUAAUAAAUUUUCUCCCAAACGAAGCUAAAUAUACAUUAUCAUACAGAUUUUUAAUUAUUAAACGAUCUGUUUAGUUCGUCGCAUGUGAAGAUUGACGUUUGUUCCAGAGACGAUCUUCAGACGUUCUAUCCGUCUGAAGCCAAGACGGAUUGAACGUGUUGGACGAUCCAAACCCAUUCAGACAAUCUUAACUGAGCCAGAAGUCGAAUUUUGCAUGAACUCAACUCGCUAAGUUUGGUUCGUCUCAUAAAAAGCCUUGACGUUUGGCUUAGACCUAAUAGUCUUUUUACCUCACAAAAUUAGUCGAGGUGGACUGCCGUGAAGUGUGCCAAACGCACGCGUGAGGACCGUGAAGGACGCAAAUGAUCACAGCAUGAACGGUCGCCAGAAGUCGGAAAAUUUAAUCAACGGAUAAGAAUAUCAUUUUCGUUUGUUUUCUACCACGUUUUAACUUCGAAGGCCUAUUUUGUUCACCGUUUAGUGGAAACAUGGGCGAGAACGCAACUAGUUUUCUUGGUCUUUCUUGUCAUGUUUUCCGAAUUCUUCAUAUCACUUUGGUAGUAUUUGUCUUUCCUCCCUCCAGCUCCGUUGGUUCCUUAGCUAUUUUCGGGUGGGAACAUUACAUGUAAAUGAUUAACACUUGAGUUUGAAUAAAAUCUUUUUGUUGUUGUUGCUGUAGUCUUGUGCAAUCAAUCCCCCAAUCGAUCAACAUACCUUUUCUCUACACAGUGUUCAUACAUUCCUCAGGUACUACUUGAGAGAAUUUUUUCAAAUGCUAAGACAUUCAGUCAUCUUUGGUUAUCAAUGUUUGAUCAGGCAGUGUUAUUGUUGGGAGAAAUUAGAUACUGGUCGCCAUUUGGGCCUGCUAAAGAGGUCAAAGAGAUGAGGGCCUUUCUUAAUCAAUCAACUUGCGAAUAAUGCAAAAGCGAGUUACACAGGCAACAUUUUCAACCUGUAGUCUGUCAGCAGGUCCAUCUCUUUUUUAUUUAGACGUAGUACACUUCGUAAACAAAUUUACUUGCAAUGGCAUUUCGCUUUAUUGACCUUGUUUCGUUAGUUAGAAAAAAUAUUGAAUUUCUAGAACUAAAGAAGCGAAACGCAAACACAAAGUUCCUGUCACAUAAUCUCAUUAUAAUAACAAAGCAUUAAACAUUGCCCAAUCAGCGGGUUAACCUAUAGACCUUCUGUACACACUUUCUGAGGUGACAGACAAGUUUGAAAUCCUUGCCUUUCUGAGCUGCAUUAUUAUUGUAUUAUAGUCAUUUCGAAAGACGUUCCACUCAAAACUACAAAGAAAACAUCAAUGCUCGUACUUUGAGAAUAAGUCAAAGUUAAGAGGCUGAUUCGUGAUGCUCCCCAUUUUAGUUAUCGCGGUUUUAAUUCAGGUAAAGCUGUUAAAAGAAAUAAUGUUUGUCCUAACCUGUUCUCAGCUAUAAGAUUUCUACAUUUACUGUGCUUUAUUUUGCUAUUAAGAAAUCUGUUUUUUGGUAACAUUUUUUCGGUUUUCUUUUCUUCAGCGUUUGUUGGCUUCUGGACCUGAAGACUAUUACGAUAAAGGUAAUGAUCUAGAAGAAUAUAGUUGAUAUGUCAUAACUUCCCAAACGCGCACAAGUGUAUUAUAUUUGAUAUGAACUUUCUGCUACCUAUCUAUUUGAAAUACACGAUCAUUAGUUGUAGUUGUCGAAGCUGCAGAAAAAAGGAGCAAGGAAUUCUCUGGAUGUAUUAUUUAUCCUUUUGAUAAAUAAUUGAAAACGCGAAAGUUUGUUCAAGACGAGUCAUUUUGACACAUACAGUAAUUUCGUGACGUUAGGAGAUUAAAUGAAAUGUUAGCUACCUACUAAAGCAUAAUUUCGUUGACAAGUUUUCCGUGGUAGUGUACAUCAAGACUGGUGUUUUUUGCUCUUUUUUAAGAAAAAGCCGACAUUUUUUUUCUGUCUUCCUCACCAAGGAAACCGUGGUAGUUUAACUGAGGACGGCUUAAUUUGACACCAAAUGAGAUACGAUAAAUCAGCGAGUAUAAUUUAUUCAGAGAAAAAAAACCUCAUUUUCAUUAUGUGGUUGCCUGAUUGACUAGAGUGUGCGGACGAUAAAUAAGCUCAUGAAGAAGUUAACAUAUUUGAUUGAGAUUCUUUUUCUUUCUUUUUAUCGGGCAAGUCAUUAUUUCCGUUCCCUUCUAUAUAAUUUCACUACGUUCCCGCAACAGCUCCACUUAUUACCGCGACUUUCUUUACAAAGAGGCAAACUCUUUGCUUUACCGCUUGGCAAAUUUCCCCGGAAAUUUCAUUAUCUCAUAUUGCUCUUUGCUUGGCGACUAUAAGUACAUUCAGCUGUUCACCUGUGUUAACUAAACUUCUAAUUUAUAUGACUUUUUCUGUUUUCCUAGUAGACAAUCUUUCUUACACUCUGCGGCUAAAAAUGAUUAGUUAUUUGGCAAUAUAUGAUUUUCCCUCAAAAAUCAUAAGUUACAGGAAAGUAGACAAAAGAAAAUUCUCCCCAACGAAAAACCAGAUUCCCUCUUUUUUUUAAUGUAUAGCCGUCUUUCUCAGUCAUAAAUAUUUUGGUUUUAGGCGCGCAGAAUAGAUUACAAACUUGAAUGCCUCGGUCGGCUUUUUUCAUACUUGGGCUUCGGGCCUCGGGUGUGAACGAAAUUCUUUUUUUGUCUAUUAGCAUGGGAACAUGCAAUCAGUUCCUCCGAAGAGUACAUAAAUAAAAACAUGGAAAUGUAUAUACACUUGAAAUGAUUGUAUUCGACUUUCAAGGAAAACAAAAGCUCAGGUCCAAAAAUUAAAGAACGGAAAAGCAGUCAUUGAUUAAGAGGUGUAAAUGGUUAGAAGAGGGGGCACGCUUCAAAUUAUUGUUCCUUUUCGGUUUACAGCACAUAAUUAAAAACACUUUUAUCAACUGUCUGGGGCUAAAGUUCCUACAUAAAUAUAAACGAAAUCUCUUAUGGAGUUCUGGGGCUUCUUGGAAAUACAUUGCCUAAUCCUAUUUACCCAAAGAGAAUAAAAUCUUCUUUUGUAAACAUAAAUUUCCGACUUAAUUAUGUCGCGUUAAUCCGAAUAUCAUCCGUUUCAUCCUGUUCAAUAUUACUGCUACACUGCAUAUCAUAUGUCGUUGACACUAGCUGAAGCAUACCCCAAUUUCUUGUUCACGUUGAUGGCCUUUAGGUUCUAAAAAAACCUUCGGGAAGAAAGAUUUUCUCGGCGGCCAUAUUCUUCAGCCAUUAUUUUGUCAUUUUCAAUCAUAGUCGCUAAAUAUUUCUACCGCGAAAUACAGUUACUACAAGUUACUACAGUGUAGAACAUCGAACCUUUGUGCAGCGAAGUGCUUGGUAUAACGAAUGAUGUUCUUCGCCCCAGAAACAGAAAUAUAUAUAUAUAUAUAUAUAGAAAAGAACCUUGAUAUAAAGGAACCUCCCUAUAGUACAGGUUAAAGCAAACACAGUUUGCCAGUCUUUGGUCCUUCAUUAUUGCGAGGUUCCACUGUAUUUCUAUCUUUUAGAGGCCCAAAUCCCUAAACUCUUAAACGGAGCCUUUAUUUUGUCACUGUUUUGCUUUCGUUUAAAAUUGCCAAAGCGUAAAUAAGGAGGUUAACGUUAGAUAACAUCGAGUGAAGCCAGAUGGGACACCUUAUGAAUUUUACACAACCCAUUAUUUCCAUAAUGGAACGAGACUGGAAUGUAGAAUGAGGCUAGAAUAGCUCAAGAAACCAAAACUACAGAGUGCCAGUUAUGGAGAGGACACAGUAUAGAGUUAAGCACUGAUCUGCAGUAAUUAGGGUUAAGCACUAAACUGAAAACGGUUAGCUUUCAAAUAUUGAAAUGGGGUACGGCAUAAGAACAUGUAUAUUUUAAAAAUUGUUGGAUUUGGCAGCUACUACUCGAUGGUGUAGUGGAUAUGGAUGUAGGCUAAAAAGCAAGUGACCCGGAUUCAAAGCAUUACAGUGGAUUUUUUCUAUUUCAUUUUAUAUUACACAGUAAAGUUGGACUUAAGUUGUUCUUCAUGUAAUUUUACUGAAAGAAACAAUCUGACUUCAGCCGAUGUUAUCUAAUGCUAACCAAGUAAGGAAGAGGUUUUUUUUUCAGUCCCUUUAACUCCCCCUUCUAAUGAUUGCGUAAUCAUAAACGACUAGUUUCUAGCGACUCCCCGUCUUCGGGUGCAAGUAAUGGAAGACGAUGACCAAUUAAUCCCAGUUAAGAAAAAAUGUUUUCUUGUUCCAGUGCAAGGGAAGUUGUGAGUGGAAUCCUUGUCAAGGACGAUGUCUAUCAGUGUUAGGAUCAGUGUAAAUAAUAGUCCAGUCAAUUUAGGCAUUUUCAAGGCUCAAGAUCAAACUAAUUGCAACAGAAUUGUUUUCAACGUCAUUUAAGUAAGGGUGGCCUAUCUAGCAACAUACUAAAAAUCCGCCAAAAUCCGUUCGACGGAACAUGUCAAAAUUAAGCGUUAAACAUUUUGAACUUUUGACACAGGGCACCCACUUUACUUGAAAUUACACGGUUAAACAAAAAAUGCACAAAAUAUGUUUGCUACUUUUAUGGAAAAGUGAAAGAAGAAAGAAUAACUGCUACCUAGUUUUCGCGGGUAAAAACGAAGUGUUUCUUUUUUCAAAAGGGAUAAAUAUUAGCCACGGUUGGCUUUUGCACAGGAAGCCCAUGUUCCACUCAAGGAACCCUAAAACAACAGGAGGCUUUCAGAGUAAUAGAGUGAACUGUUGGCUGUAAAACUACGACAAAUUUAGUCGUAAGGCUUUAAAUCUGAAAAAUGAAAGCCGUUACUUAAUCAUUAGCUUUUAAAAGAUAUCCUUUUUUUUUAUCAGAUUUCUGUUAGCCGCUAGGGUAAGAACAAUAUAUAUCAGAGCUGGAUUUUUGAAUAACGUUACAGCCUAAAUAGAGUUCUCCCCUCAAACAGUUUUUCUCUUUCAACAACUAUCUCCAAAGAAGUCAACAUAAAAACUAAGAGGGCAGCCAUUGUUCUUUCUUCUCCUCGUUUCUUUCUCCUCGCUCUUUGUAUUUUUCCUUUCCUUGUUCUUUUAUAGGAGGAUUUUUGGGCUCAUUUUCCCUUCUGCUUUUGGUCUUUUUCUCAGUGAAAAGACUGCAAUUUUCGUUCGGUACGUUUUUAAAAAUCCAGCAAGAUAAUACUUUGGCUUUUACGGUUAUUAACUAUACAUCAAUGUUUGUUAACGUACCAACAUCCUCAAAUAUACAAGUUUCACUUUUUCGAAACUUUUCAUUUUCUUCUUGUUAAAAGUGAAUUGGAGAGGAGAGGAGGAUAGUCUUACUAAUUCUUUACGACGCACAACAAUGCAGAGUUUUUGAACAGGUUAAGCUCCAGUGCCUAUGAAUUUGAUGAGAGGGAAAUGCCUUUUCAUUAAAGGAAAAGUGUUGUUACCUUCACAAAGAUUAACGGAACAUUCAUCCCAUAAGAACUUUGGUCCUAGCAAACGAGCGUUUCAAGAAAACGAAACAGUAUAAUAGAGAGGCUGGUUUUUAAGGGAAAGAUUAACUCUGGGUAGCCAAAACAAUGCGUAUAAAAUAUAAUUCCCCACGGAGAGCAUAAUUCACGUAACUCAGUCAGAAGGUUAACUUGCAGUAAGUUGAAGUGUUACACAACUCUCAUCCGAAGAGAAACAUGGGUUCCGCAAAAAGAGGUGACACAUCAGAAGCUAAGUCAGGCAAGCCCAUUAUUAAUGUCGUAAAUAUGUUCAGUACUUUCGCGCCUUCAUUGACCAGUGCAAUUAUAUUUUCAAAUGUUUAGGAUCCCAUGAUUGUUAUAGAAAAAAGAGGUCUUCAUUUGCCAAAGGACGAAAAAAAAGACUGGUCGAGGUUCAGGGUUGUUCUCACAAAAGAAAUGCAAGGAGGGAAUAUAAAUGCCUUUAGACCACAAGCAAUUAAUCUUAUUCAUCUUACCAAGAAAUGAAGAGCUGCCGCAGAAAAUACAAAUUAAACACACAGAUACACUAAACUAAAUCUGAUCCUCGCUGCAAAAAGAAGAUAAAUAAAGAACAAUCACACUACGUUGGUUUUCUGGAUUUCCUUUAGACAUUCGGCCAGGUGUAAUGAAAAGCGCACAGCGUUAUGAUCUAGCAAAAACCAAAUAGACAGAGUCCAUUUACAUUGUAAAGUACGGAGUCAUAAUCCUAAAGGAGGUUGCGCAUGUCGUGCGAAAAAAAAAAGAAUCCCUGAUUUCGAUCACACAUAUUGUGUCCAAGGCUUGAACAUAACUACCUCACAAAACUCGAUUACAGAAAAUGGGAAUAGGUUAAACAGUUUGUACUGAUACAAAGCUGUCGUCCGUUGCACACAUUUAGUUCCACGUAUCCUGCAGCAUGGAUGCAAAAUUAGUAGCUGCCUGAAGGUGAACAAAAUAUCAAAUCAAACUGUUCACCAUCAGUCAGCUACUAAAUUUGAUUCCAUGCUGCAGGAUUUAAAAAAAUUACAAGCCUGUAAAACUAAAAAAACUUUCUGCAUUUCUGAUAUUGCGCAAAAAAAUAAAAUUGCUAAUAUUUUUAAUCAUGUCAAUACAGACUGACUAAUAAUUUCCUUUUUAAAUGCCGUCAUACAAAAAAAAUUACAACUUGGAAAACAGAAGGUGAAGACAAACGAGUGGCUGGGUAACCUGUGCAACGCCGUCAAGACGAAACACUGACCCAGGUGUUUCUCACACAUUUAGUCGGCGUUUUUAAACCAAAACUAGAAAAGGAAGAAAAAGACAAUUAUCAAAUGUUUUGUCUGAAUUUGUGAUCUUCCUGAAAUUGGGUGUCCUGUGGUGAAAGUUGAAAAUCUUUAUUGCCAAUUUUUCUCCUGUUUCACCGAACCAAUUUUGGCGGAUUUUUAGUAUGUUGUUACAAAGCUAUUCAACAAUUAAAUGGCGUUGAAAAAAAUUCCGUUGCAAUUAGUUUGAUGCUAAACCACAAUUUGACUGGACUAUAACUCACCCAGGACACUUACCAACAAAACGCACAGAGACAAGUGGUUGAUGGGAGGUCUAGUAAUACCUGCUUCCCGUAAUAGAUUUGAAUACACGUGCGCGCUUGUCAAGGAAAUUUAGAUAUAUCUUUACAAGCCUUUACAAGACACAACGACGUCUAGAAAUAUUGCAUUAGCUAAAUUUUGUGAUAGAAAACUUGCCAAGGGCACUUAUUUAGGAAAUUUUGUUAGUGUAAAGGGGGACAUAUUGCACGAGCAUUAACAUUGCAUGAAAAAUCAUGACGGUUUUUUUUCAAAAGCCCUACUACAAGAACAAAAGUCUCACCCGGCGACUUCAAGUUCUUUGAAUUUUUUUUUUUUUUGAAGGGCAAAAUGCAUAAACACAUAAACACAUUAAGAGUGCUGACUAGGGAACAUGCUGAAUAGAGAUUCAUUUGUAGUCAAAUUUUUAUUCAUUUUCUCACUCAUACUUUAGAUUUUUGUAUUGGUAAAACUGAUGGCUUGCACGCUGACUCAGAGGACUGCAGAGCGUAUUAUGACUGCGUUAAAAACAGGGCACGCCAUCGCACUAGUUUGUCAACGGGAACCAUGUUUGAUCCACAAACAAAGACUUUCGGACGUUCCGAGGAUGUAAACUGCACAGUGCAGAGAGGUAAAGCUCAUGUAAUGGCAUGGAUGGCUUUCAUCCAACGGCCAUGACGGAAUAACGGUAUACACUUACGCAGUGAAAGGCCAUGGAGCUAAGACCAAAUAGCAAACCAUUUAUCAUUAUUUUCACUUUUAAUAACACUUUCCUAUACCUUGUAAUCCCUAUCAGUGGUCCUGCAGCAUCUAACUUCUCGUUGUAAUAAACGACAUUUUAAGCCCUGGUACCAGAGGUUUUACUUAAUUUUUCAGACUCUGUGUGAAAGAGACAGAGUCGCCCAAAGCGGCGAAAACGAGUCGCUUCGCCUGGGUCGUUCUCUGACACAGAGAAAAAAUUUUCAAGAAAAACCCCUGGGACCAGGGUAAUGACAUUUAUGUUGUGUAAACACCUUACAAAGGCAGUUAAGUAAAGAAAGUGAAGAGAAUCAGACUCGAGCACGGUUUAAUUCCUUGACCAACCAGGACAGCAACUUAGCUUUGAAGCAGAGCUUGAAAAAAAGUCCCGUGCGGUAACCGGGACAAGUAGGUUUUCUUACUUGGCAAGUAACCGUCAAAGCUUACUUCACAAUGGAAAAGGGUCCAUCCAAUUCAUCCUCUAACAAAGUCAUUAACUAAGAUGGGAAGAGGUCGCCCUUACAAAAAUGAGAGAACUCCUUGUCCAUGGGACAAGCUGAAAUUCAAGUUUUUUUCGCGUUCUGUUUCGAGGUGGCUGACUAAAGGCGCUGGUAAUCAUAUGAGUUUGUACUGAAUAUUCCCUACGGUAAGAAGGCGACUAGCUCCUAUUUUGGUUUAUGUUUCUGUUGUUUAUGAAGAAUACAAUAUCGCACACUGUGGUCUUUAAAUAAAUUCUUUGUAAGGCUGAAAUUAUUUUCAAACAGCCUUUUUUUUGACAACUUCAUUUCAGGCUGAAAUGUUUUCUCUUUAAUUUCUUUUCACAGUUUAUCGUGAACUAUGGACUGGUGUACCUGGGGCUGAAGUAGCUGAUCUAGAGUCCAGUCCUUCAUAUCCAUGUGCUCCACAUAGGGCGGAGUUUAUAGACACAUUUUGCAUUUACAAGUUAGACAUUGGGAAUAGUUUUGGUCAGCGAUUAAGGUCGUUCUUUAGAGCUCCUGAGACAGGGAAUUAUAUUUUCCAGACGUCUUGCGAUAACACCUGUCAGCUAUGGAUGAGUGAUAAUGAACUUCCCUCCAGAAAGCGGCUCAUUGUUGACCAGAAACAUUAUACGUCAGUAUACAGCUUUGACUUGUAAGUCGCACAAUACGAAACUACAGGGGCGGAUCAAGGGGGAGGGUGCAGGGGGUGCUCACCCCUCCCCCCCUGAGAUGACCUGCAGCUUUCUAAUACAACUGGUACUUGCAAAACAUGCAGAUAUGUAUUCUCAACAGUUCACAUUAUGUUAUUGCCUGGUCAAAAGCCUUCUUCCUCGUAUUCGCUGUUAAAAUUUGUUUACGUCACAAGUCAGUUACUUCAUUUCUUUGUGGUGCACCCCCCCCCACCCCCCUAAGAAAAAUCCUGGAUCCACCCCAGUACUGGUAGUCAUGGUUAAUAUCUCAGAGAAAGAUUUAGCAAGUGCAGGAUUCCGGCCAUGUAUUCACACAUAUCUUCAUCUUCUACGGUGAUGUACUUACAAAAUGAACAGCUCCCAGUUGGCGUAAUAUCUUAUCGCAGAUCGUAGGUUCAAACUGUAUUGACAUGUCGCUACGAUCCUUCACGUGGUAAAACUAGAAUUCGUUCCGGGCCGUUUUUUUAUAAUGACAAAUAUAUAACUGCAGAAGUAAAACAAAGUAUACUGUUAUUUUGGUAGGAAUGCCCAGAUACAAAUUAACCCAGUUUAUUUUCUUUUAGCGGCCAUUGCUAGUGUAGGUUAGUGUAGCAUUUUUAGUCUUGGUUAGUGUACUGCAGCGAAGUGACGUUAGGCUAAUGCUUUUUAUUUUUUGUUUACAGAAGACUUGAUCAAUCUUCAGAGAAGGUAAAUCUCACUAAAGGUAACCUGUACUACAUGGAACUUCUACACAAGGAGAAUACGCUCAUUGAUUUCAUGUGUGUUGGCGCCAUGUUUCCUACUCUAUCGAGAGAGCGGCCCAUUUCGUCGAGGCAUCUUGUCAUGGAAUCAACUGGUACGAUAAAAGAUUGUAUUAUAGAUGGCUAGUUACGUCUGCCGACUACUGUGGUCUCAGUUAUUUGAAAGGGUAUUAUGGCGAGACUCAGUUGAGGGAACGAACGAGUAUAAAAAUAAUCUUCGUUAGCCUGCUAAUACAGCCGUCUCUCCUCGCUCUUCGCCACUUGGGACUUAAAAAAGAGGAGCAACGAGAGACGGUUGUAUUCACGGGCUUCAUCCGCUUGCUUGCAAUAUGCUCGACAAUCCUGAAUUAAAAGAGUGAAGUAUGAGGCUUUUUGACACGAAACUUCAAAAGCCGCAACUGAAAAUAAGAUCAAGUAGGUAAUUAAUUAUAUUAAUGAAACUUCAAUAAGUUAAAAACUAUAUCAAUUCAAAAAAGGCAUCUAUUUAUCAAGCAUUGUUUGGAAUCUCCCAGUAUUCAAUCGAGGCAAAUAUACCUGUGGCCACGUAGUAUCAAUUCUCUUUGCUUCGUCGGGGGCAAAAACUCGUGCUGUGGGCUUUUAACUUUAGAACAAACUUUAUUCUAUAGAUGUAACUGUAACUGUACGUUGGAUAGAUGCGGGCGACACAUUCCUCAUCUGUAUUCCCUUGCAUUCCAGUGUAAACACGUGGUGUCUGUUUUUCUCAACAUUGUUCUUAAAAUGAGUACAGGUCGAAAGAGAUACUUUUGUGAGAUCUUGAAUUUUUGGGCAAAACAGCCAAAAUAGGAAAUGUGCACCUUACGUCACCCGCAAUUAAGAUCAGUCAAGUUACGUUUACUCGUCACCUGGUUGAAAAACUUGACCGGACACUUCGCCCACGUGGGGCCGUCUAAUAUUUUUGCCGACAAGCCAAUUUGAAUUGAAACUCUUUUAUAAAUAGUUAUUGAGUCACACCACGCUGAUCAACUUUUCGACCGUACCGUUUAAAAAUUCGACCUCGAGUUCGACGUUAAAAUGUUUCAACGUCUUCGCCUUCUUAAUCUCCCUACGGUUGGUGGGGUGGGUUUCUUGAACUCACACGGAAUUGAGUUCCUUUUAUACUAGUUCCUGACAUUAUCGUUUGAGUUACCAAGCUUCUUGUUUUAUAUGAAUAUUUCUAAAAAUUUUAAUUAGUUACGUUGCAAAGCGACUGGAAUUUCGCGAUGCGAUGCAGUCUUGUUCUUAGAGUGUUUGCAUAGGUUGCGGAUCUCGCUGUCCUUUCAGAUCAAGUACCAUGAAUUUGAUUGAAACAAAUUUAAGAUCGUGAAACUUUCCCCCUCUUAUUUCUUAACAGAGCUUGGUCUUAUUGGUUGCACGGGAAAUGGAAGUUCAUUAGAAUUUGCCACGUGUACCGCACAGAAUUGUAAGAGUCCUCAGCAGAAGGUACUUAUAACCCUUAAUUAGGAAGCCACUACCAUGGCAACGGUUAUGAUAUUUGCUACUCCCUACUGAAGAGUUUUAAAACUUAAGAGUUGAAUUUCUCCUGCCAAAACUUAUCUAUUAUGCAAGGAGACAGGCAAGAAAAAACUUCGUCAGGGCUCCCCUCUCUUCAAACAAAUUGUAAUUUGUUAUUUGUGAAAUCAUUUUUUAUGACGAACCUCUCUGAUAAAACGAGAGUAAUACACAAAAAACAUUGGGAAGAAGAACAGUAGAUAGAGAAAAGUGCUAAAAUUUCAUGGGAGAAAAGUGUGGAAAGAAACAACGAGAAGGAGAGAAAGAAAGAAAAUGGAAUGUUCAUUCAAGGAAAGGUGAAAGAGAGAGAGGGAGAGAGAUGAUCACGGUGAUAGUGUUAACACAACAUUAUUGUGUUUUUAGCUUGAGUCAUUCAAGAGAGCGAUGGAUGAACAAAUCAAAUCCUUAAAAUCUCUUCAAUCGGGUGAAUCAUCUUCUUCUCAGCGACACAUUAGUCAAGUCACCAAGGUAAGUCGGAGUAAAAGCAAACGGGUCAUUUCCAAGGAGCUCCUAUACCCUGUUUUUCAAAACAGGGGUAAUUGGGCGAUAGCUGAUUAGAAGAUAUUUUUAUUCUUCUUCAACUGAAACUUAUUUUCUCACGUGAGAGGUUUCACAGUCGGCCACAUUUUUAAACUGAGGGUUUCUUGAGAAAGGAAAUGGCCUAUUAAGCUAGCUGUUAUGGUAUCACGAAACUUAGCCAUAAUCCACUUUGACAGACAAAUCUUUACUUCCUUCAAUAAUAAUAAUGAUAAUAAUAAUAAUGAUAAUAAUAAUAAUAAUUAUCAUCAUCAUCAUCACCGCUAAUUUCACCUGUAAAACUUUGUAACUUCCUUCAUCAUGUCCCCCCUUAUUCUCUUGCAAAGUGAACUAGCGUAUGUAACUCUUGAAACACAUAUUUUCCAGCUACUAUAUUCACUGUUUUACUUUUUAGUUUAGCUUUUGCAUCGUACACUAUUUUAUAUUAUCUUUUUGUUAUGAUAAAUUCAUCGAUAAAACUCUGUCUUAUCAGAUAAUAUCUUACACACUGCGUCAAUUAAAUAAAUUAUAAAAUAGUUAUGCAUAUCUGUUAGUUGGGCUUAAACAACUGAUGUUACUACCUUUGCACAAAUAUCCAGGAAAGUGGUAAAAUCAUAAACGGUAUGGUGGAAGACCCAGAGAGAGGUGGUUGGCAAAACUCAACAUUAGCAAUCCAGAUAGCCAGAGUGACUGAGUCGUUUGGAAGAGAAUUGGCUCAUAUAUGGUCCAAUGAAUCAUCUAGCGUCACCCUACUGGAGAGCAGUAUUGGUAAGCUGCCAUCAGAUAUUAGAGAGAGUGAUUAUAUUGUCCCCGUAGCGCUUAAAAUUUUUAAAAUUGCUACCAAUCUUUUAAUAUACUUAUAAUCUACUCAAACGAAAAAAUAUAAUCGUUUAAUGCUAAACGGCGUCGACAACGAGAACGGCAAAAACAAAUCAAAAGGUCUAAUUUGCAGAAAAAACAACUUUGCACUUGCAGCACACUUUCUUUGUACAUUUCUUUGACGUUGUUUUGCACAACUACAACGUGAAACUUCCUAGUUACACAUCUUAUGUAGGAAAUAUCGUAUGUGCUCACCAAAAGUUUUGUUGCUUGUGUCCCUGUUCGGUCUUUCUUUUUUUUCACUGCCGCUCAUUUUCACUUUGCUGACCACUACCAUUUCUCAUUUUCACACCACCAAUUUUCUUGUUUUUCUUCCAACAAAAUUGUUCUCCUUUGUUUUUUAUCUAACGCUUUAGCUCUUUCUCUGUCAUCCACGUCAGUAAAGACUUUAAAAUUAAGUCGGACUUGAUAUUGUUGUUGUUUUUCUCUCUCUAACGUCCGGGUGACCAUGCGAUUUCCCGCCAAAAACCCCCGUGUUGCAUUUGGGUUACCAUACCUGUUGAUUGAGUUAUUUUACGCUGGUAUGCCUGUGGUGCGGAUGGGCGUGCGUACGGUCACGCGAUUAACAAAAAUUCUUGGGUGCAUACCAAAUUUUCUUACCCAUGGUGCUCCGCUGAAAGCGCUUCUCUCUCAACGUAUAUUACUUAACUUAUCAGGAAUCUUGCGUAUUCGGAAACCUGAAGCGAGGGUGUGAUCAGUCUCAUUAGAGACCUUUAGAUUCUAGGAUGAGGACGACUACAAGUACAAAAUUUUCUAAAUACUAACGCUCACGCGUGAACUAGCGUUAUUUUGGCGGAAAAACGUGAUAGCUGUCGUCAUUCUACGAGUUUUAGCGAGAAUGUCAAAGUGGCGAAAACAGGUUAUUAAAUGUUGAAAGUUUUAUAAUUUUGGAGAAGGCUUAACCUCUUUCAAUAAAAAUAACAGUGCUAACUUUUCUGGUGAAUAAAAAGUACAAUGAAGCUUUCCGGAGUGUCUCUUUUUUUUUAAGAAGACGCAAAAAAAACCUCAGGUUAAAUCCUGUCCUCGUCUUCAAUUCUAAAGGUCUCCAAUAAAACUUCAUCUCUUUACAUUUUAGCUUUGCAGGCAUCUGUGCUUGUUGACGACUACAAAUUCUCAGCACCAAGAUCGAGAAAAGUCUGGCAAGGGAUUGACGACUUCUUGAGCUUAAGAAUAACAGGUAAAAAACACACGCUUUCUUUACCACUCCGGUGGCUGGUUGAGUUGGUUUGCCCUUGCCAUGGAAGUAAUUCUCCUGUUUUACAAGUGGUAUUGGUAAAAAGAAAAGGUUUUUCAAGAAGUAUGCCACAGGCCCUCGCUGAUAAGCAUUUAAAUUGAUGUUUCGCAUAUUUGUUGAAAGGUCACACUAGCUUUCGCUUUGUUUGUUCGUGGAUUUCGCAAGGCCCAAAUUGCUUACUUCCCGCAGGGGGUUACUCCGGAUUUCAAGUGACGGGGAUAAUCGAGUGGGGGCAAAAAUCAAAACCCUGAAAAAAGCCCUAGGGUUUCCAACAAAACCCCCCCAAAAUUCCUGGACCUUGAUUUAACCCUCAAAAUACCCUAUGCUGAAUUUCCGAGCCUUAAAAAUUUCCAGAAAACGAAAUAAGUUUGUUUGUGCUUUAUUCGCAGAACUAAGCGGCCAAGAUAUGCGGGCACUAUCCUCGGACACUACUGCGAAUUUAAAAAUUUCAAACCCAAACAAAUCCUCCACUUAAAAUCUCCUCCACUUAAAAUCCGGAAUACGUCUCCCCCCCUCCUGUCAGGGCUUACUUCCUUGCUUUGGAAGCGCCUGUGAUUGGUUUAUUUUGUAACCUCUUGUUUCAGCAGACGUUCGUUGGGGGAGGCUUUCGCAGCGGGCCAAAAGAACGUCUGUAUGUGAGGCCUUGUUUCAAAGGUUUUCGUCCUAGAGGGAGUUUGCUCAAUUUUCGAAAUGGUAUAAUACUGCCCGAGGGUAAAAACGUUGCGCUAAAAUUUGUUGUCGUGUAAAACAGGCGCACGGAAGAUAUUCUGCGCAAUUAUUGCGUUAGAAGGUUUAUAAGCUAGUUUCAGCAAAAAAGUUUUUUCUUUCGGUUCUUUGAGUAGUCUUGUUCUAAUGGCUCGUUUAUCUUAAUAAUUUUUUGUAUACCUAUUUAUUGAUUUAUUCAAAUGGAAUUCGCACUGUGUUAUUCCUUGCAAUUUACCGUAGAGAAGGAAAGUGCAUUUGCAUUGGUUCUACGAGUCAGAUGUAGUAACCUUAAUGUUCUCAAAAACAGGAACACCAAAGAAAACAAAGGCAUUUAGCGUCAUCUACAAACGUUUACAUGAAAUGAUACCAUCAACAGUGAAGGAAGUGUCAAAGUAAGUAUAUAACCCUCAGUUGUUCAGCGUUUUUGCUACAUAUCGAGAAUGCCUGCUUUAAAAUUUGAAGAAUUGAGUCUUCAGUUUUAGGUACCUAAUAAUGCCACUGGCGAAAAAAUGAUAUAUUUUGUAAUUUUUUGUUAUUGGUAUUUGCAAGUUUAAAUUGAUGUGUGUAGUGGUCUUAUCAUUUUUGAACGGAGCAUGUGUGACACAGUGGAAUGAAGACGUAGUACUUCUGAAUCGUGAUGACUUGAGAGCAAAGUAUGACAUUUAGCAAAGCUCGGAAUAUUUUUCUCACUGAAAUAACCAGAGAAGGGUUUUUCAAACGUCACCUUACUAUCUUUACUGUAGCUCAUUAUCAAACCAUUUUUUAUUCCCUUAUGCUCAGAGAAAAUGAAAAGGAAAGGGGACUUUACCACCUUAAUAGUCGUAUUAUUGGUAGUCUAAUCACUGCAUCAGGAAAGAACCAGAAGCUUGAUGUUGAGAUCAAUCUUCAACACAUUAAGGUAAACCUGAAGUGAACACCACAGCUAACAACUGAGUAGCUUGUUACUCUACGGAUAUGGCAUGAAAAUGCUUGAAGAUUUAUGCUGCUCAUAAUGACUUGGAGCAGAGUUGCUCGUCAGGCUGGUCUAAACAGUUUAAACUAACACUAGCCCAAUUCUACCGCCGCCCGGUUAGCUCAGUCGAAAGAGCGCCGGUCUGCGGAGCGGAGGACGCGGGCUCGGAACCAAGCCGGUACACACCCCAUCUUUUAAUACGCUAUUGGAGAAGAUAAAUAAUAUAAUGUAUUUUUAAAUACAGUAUAUUAAUUACAUUAAUUAUAUUAAUGUAUUAUUAUUGUAUUAUUAUUGUCUAUUUAAAAAUAGACAAGUAAAUAGAUAACAAAGAAUCACAGGAUAAUAUCAGAAGCAAUGCAGCAUAAGCCGUGCGAGUAGUACAAAUUCUUAUAACAUCUCUGCUCUUUGUGCAUGAUCAAACCAGCAGUUUCUGGUGGGUGUCCCCAAGAGCUAUGGCUCUUGGUGUCUCUUUAUAACAUAGUAGGAUGGUUGUUUGUGAAUGCCAGAACAGUUUAAAUUGGUAUUAAGCAACAUUUUAAUGGUUUAAUGUUUGCAGCACGAAUCAAAUAGCACUCUUGUUCCUGUAUGCGCCUGGUGGGAUUUCACAGCCGGGUAGGUAGGCUUGAGACGAAAACAGAAGGACAUCUCAGUAUUGCGUAUGGUGGUGUUACAUUUAGAUUCGACUACCGUCUAAAUGAGUUACCAGAUACCAUCGGAUAAAUCUCUGUCCACUGGAUAGCGUAAUUGUUUCCCCUACUGUUUAUUCAAAGGACAGUGACUUAUACAGUAAAUUGAGCUAUUCUCCUUUUAAAUAACAAGACCUUGGAGUCCUUCCACGUCCCGAUAAUUCAAGAGCUUGGAAAGCUGUUGUUGCAGAUAACAUGACUCAAAACUAAAACUGAAAAAGUAAAACUGGACGGGUUUGUUAGCUAGGAACGGGCUUUUUUUCAUUAGAUUCUGAUUUGAUUAUUUCGGGCAGCAAACUUUACCGGUGCUUUCGAGAAACAGGUCUCAGGUGUGAGAAAUAGACAUAAUGCUCUCAAGAAAAAUAGAAAAUGAUUUUGAGAGCAUGCCCCACGUCAGGCACCAGGAAACUUGAGCUAACUAAGAACUAUUUUUCUUCCUAUUUAUUUAGGGGUGGAAAUGAAAGUGGCUUGUGGUCGACAAGAGGAUGUAAAUUGGAUGACUCUGCCUCAAAUGGAACUCAUUCCGUCUGCAGAUGCAAUCAUCUCACUAAUUUUGCCAUACUUAUGAAAGUCAAAUCAGAUACAACAGAGGUAAAAGACGUGACUUUUCACAUAAUCAAACCGCACAUACUUGAACCUUCUGUAAUCCAACACACAAAAUCUUAUGAGUGCGAAACAACGAAAGGAGAUGCUAGAGCGAGGGGCGGGGAAAGAAAGGCUUUCCCUUGCCCACCCCCCUGGCUUUGCCAAUUGCUUGGGCGUUCUCUCGCGACUUUCUUCUCUCGUCUCUCGAAAUGCUACGUUUGCUCGCAGGCCGCAACUUUUACUGUUUGUUUCCCGGAAGGUGUGGGGAUCUUAAAAACGUCCAAUAUAAUAAAGCAAGUAUAAAAAUCCCUUCCUCUAAAAUCACUUGAAUACCCGCUUAGCAAAGAGGAAACGUGCUUCAGAUUGUCCAAUAUUCCUCGUCAUUAAGUAUACCUACGUAUUACCCACCCUCUGGACAUUUCCAUCUUAUUCACCUCUAUUUUCCUACUUUAACGCUCCCUAGCCAUGGAAUCAAAUAAGGCAGUAGCAAGCGAGAAAAUGUAAUAGAGGAAGUACUCGAGAUGCCAUAAGAAUCCUGGCUAUAGGAUCACACAGGUCGGGUGGUUAGCAAGGAGCGUAAUUUAAAGUAAUUCGUGUUACUAAUAUCAUUGGUGACAAAUAACUCCUCAAUUUUGGCGCGAAAUCUCAGCAUUAAUUUAUAAUUUCACAUGUGAAAUUAAAAUUGCCAUGGCAACGUUCCCUACUUCUCAGUGCCAAGAUGGCGUCAAGUUUUAAGAUAUUAUGAAUGAAGAAGUCAGGGCUUUAAAAGACGCUUUAGAAAACCUGAACACUCGAACGAGCACAUCAAGAAUGAGUUUAAUCCAAAAUUUAUCAUCUAAACUUUUCAGUGCGUGGAGUUCUUUCUCGAUGCGAUAAAAAAGUAAAAAAAAAACCUUUUGUCACCCGUGAUAUUAGUAACAAAUGGGAAACUCGUGAAAUUAGGGAGUGAUUUAGCGCGGGUGAAAUUAUUCCCUGAUUUUACUCGUCACCAUUUGAUUACGGUGUUCAACCUGAUUUGAAGGUAUCCUUUUUAAGUCACGACCAUUUAAUUGCAAAUACCUAUUAACUGGCAUUAAUUUUCUUAUAGCCAUCUGAAGCGCAUGCUCAAGCGUUAGAGAUAAUCACUUAUGUGGGCUGUGGAUUGUCCCUCAUCGGCGUGACAUUGACUGUCACCAUAAUUUCGUGUUUGUCGUAAGUAACGUUUGUCCGAAUUAUUUUCUUUAAUUUUUCUUCUUUAAAGAACAAAGAUCGCUUCACAGACCGUAUAUUUCUAGAAAGCAUAAGAAAACAAACUAUCAGUUAAGCCUUGACGUAUUUAAAGCAAAACGUUUGAAAAUCAGCUCAAAGUGUCGUGUAGUCGUUGUCCUUGUUUAAGCAAAAUGAUUGAAAAUGAGGCACCCAAUGUGAAACAGGAAUUAAAUUGGAAAUGCAAAAUACUAUUGACGCUACAGGUAACCUGAAGGAUUAAGCAUUCAUAACUUGCUAAAAAGUGCAUUUGACAAUGAUGAUUUAAGGCCAGACGACCUUGAUCUUUGUUUUUAUUUGAAUUAUGUAGUGGACUGCGCUCGGAAAGGAACUUGAUUCACCUUAACUUGUCGCUGGCUAUUGGAAUCUUCCAAAUCGUUUUCCUCGCAGGAAUUGAAGCAACGAGCAAGAAGGUUUGUUCACUGAAUUCUUCUCUGUGAAAGGUUUGAACCCAGCAGUCAUUUCAAAAGUAGGUUGAGUUUGAUCGUCCGGGUGAACGUAGUCCUGAAUAGGACUGUUGUUGUUGACAGUGACUGACGUUUCGACAAUCUGUGCGGUAGUCAUCUUCAGAGUCAAAGUGAGUUGUAUCACGUCAGUUGAUGGUAUUAUACUCUGGUUAUUGAUCUGACUGGUCAAUUACGUCGCGAUGUUAUUGGUCGCCUGUCAGUUAAGCCGUGAUGUUAUUGGCUAUGAAGACUCGUAAUCAGUAAUUGGUGCGUUUCGAUCCGUCUAUUGUCACGUGAUACAACUCAUUUUGACUCUAAAGAUGACUACUGCACAGGUUGUCGAAACGUCAGUAACUGUCAACAACAACAGUCCUAUUCAGGAUUACGUUCACCCGGACGAUCAAACUCAACCUACUUUUGAAUUCUUCUCUGUUUUAGAACUGAAAAUUUACUUGUCGAGAGAUUAUUAUUUUAAGAACGUGAAUUCUUACCACAAAAAUGGCCCGUGCUUCAUGAUACUUACUCUCACUAUUUUGUAUUUCAUUUCAGGUGAUAUGUACAAUUGUGGCCGUAUUACUUCAUUAUUUCCUGCUAGUGUCAUUUGCAUGGAUGCUAGUUGAAGGCGUUUACCUCUACAUCAUGGUCAUUACCGUGUUUGAAAGUAGCAAAGAGCAUCUGCGUAUUUAUGGGACAUGCGCCUACGGUAAGGCAUUUCAAUUCUCGGGACCAGGCUAAUCAAUGUAAAAUUUCAGAGGUCAGUGGUAGGGUUUCACACGUCGGUAGGUAGUUCAUAUAUGAUUGUUGUAGUGUACCGUAUACAGUAAACACCAGCUAAGAACUUUUUUUGAAGUCUGGCAAAAUAGGUUCUUUGGGAUACUUAUUUAGAAUUUUGGCAAAGUAUGUUCUUAAUUAGGUUCUUGAUUUGUAUUUAGGAGAUAAUAGAUUGUUGAUUACCAAAAAAGUGAAUAAACUUUGUGUUUCUUCACAACCGUAUUAUUAUAACUCUAACAAAACUGAUUACUGGAUUUAUGUACAGUUUAGUAGAGUAUUUUCCUGGUAUACUUAAGUUAACAUCUCAAAGUUACACUCUUUGGUUAAAUUGUUUAUCAUAAUUUAACUGCAACCCACAUAUAAGAACCUGCUUGAUCUUGCUUGGCUAAACAGGUUCUUAUAAGUUUUGGGUACUAAAAAGGGAAAUUUAUGCCAAGAGGCUCUUAAUCCACAGAUUCUCCCAUAAGGUUCUUUACUUGCUUGAGAUGCUUUAUUCACCUUGCAUAAGGUACUUUAGUUUCUUAAGCUCCUUUGCGUACUUGCAGCGAUGUUUUCCUUACUUGAGGUGCUUUACUUGCUUAAGAUUGAGGUAUUGUGUCUGUCUCUCCUCAAGUUACUUUUCCUUUGCGAAGAAAGAGACCAGCCCUUCAAUUAUCCACAAUUUUUUGAUUAGGGCAAAAAACAAGUGUUGUUGGUAUUGAUCUAAACAGUGAAGAAAUUUCUCAUUUGGAUAUUGAUUAUGAUUUUGGUAUAAUUUGCCAGGUUUGCCUGGAGUCAUUGUUCUUAUUUCUGCUAUUGCGGCGCAUGACGGAUACGGUACAGAUAUGAGGUAGGGUUAACAUACUGCUAUUGGUAACGUUUUGUUCUAAGCCUGAUUCAUGACUCAAAACCCAUCAACUUGAACAUCCUUGAACUGAAUGUAGGAAGGAAUGGGAAAGUUUGCAAGUUUGCAUGAGUGGCAGUAAUCUUGGAAAAUGAGGAAAAAAUAUAGUACUGGUGUAAAUCAGCCUCUCGAACCUUUUGUUCAAAUUUGUAUGCUACGGCUACGCUUUAGAAUUUGUUUAAGAGACUAAGUCAAAGGGAUUUUGUUCCGUGCAGGUCACCCCUUGUCAUUAUUGCCCGGGGAAUAGGUUGGCAUUUUCAAAAUCACCUGAAGGGCGACCGAUAUAUGAAUUGAAAUGGAUGGUGCCCCUUGUGAUCUUAAUCAUCAACCUCUGGUUAAAUGAUGAUUGUAUCUUUGUGUCUACAUGAAUGGAAUAUUUUCUUUACUCUAAUGUUUUAGCUGCUGGUUAUCUGUGGUAGAUGGAGUAAUUUACGCAUUCGUGGCACCUGCAUUAGUAAUAAUACUGGUAAGUGAGAAGAAAUAUUUGUCGGGGAGCAAGUGGUGCAGUGGUGAGAGCAAUCGCCUCCCGCCAAUGUGGCCCGAGUUCAAAUCCCAGCGUCGAUGCCAUGUGGGUUGAGUUUGUUGUUGGUUCUCUCUCUUGCUCCGAGAAGUUUCUCUCCAGGUACUCCGGUUUUCCCCUCUCCCCAAACACCAACACUUCCAAAUUCCAAUUCGAUCUGGAACGCACGGACAUUUUUCAACGAGUUCGUAAGAACUCCUUAGUGCCUCGUGGGUAAACAAAUUACAAUUACAAUUCUGUCAAAAAUAUUUAAGCCGUCCAGAUAUAAUUUUGACCAUUUUUUGACGUGCAGUUUAUGUGAGAUUUCAGCUGCUCCAGAGGCUCCUUCAUCAACCAGAUCAAACUACUGUUAUUCUUUAGACUAUAAGGUGAUUUAAUUGUACUUGCUUCUGCUUGCAGGUCAAUACGGUAAUCCUCGGACUGGUAAUAAGGGAGAUUAUUAAGAUACAGACAAACGGAAUUUCCAGUUCAUCCAAGUUUGAUCUUGUCAAGUGAGUAUUAAUAUGGUUCUUUAAACCCAUCACUCCUUCUUGAACAGGGAUGGUUAUGUGAAAUCUUUCUUUGGAUUACUAAUCAACAACAUGAUGUUGAGCGAUAUUGAGACCAUGUUGAUUUUGGUGUCUUUUGUUCUCCGCAGAUCUAGUAUCAAAUCGGCUGUUGUUUUAUUUCCGUUACUGGGUGUUACGUGGCUGUUUGGAAUCCUCGCACUGGACAGAAAAACAAUUGCAUUUCAGUACCUUUUUGCUAUUUUCAAUUCAUUACAAGGAUUCUUCAUUUUCAUAUUUCACUGCUUACUUAACUCAGAGGUGAGGAGUGUAGGAUAUUCGGUUUCUCGUUUCUCAGAAAUGGUCUGGCGAUCACACAAGAGCCCCAAAUUACUUUUCCAUGAGAAGUAGGAAAAUCUCCGCAGUUGGAGUUUAUGCAUGGAAAUAAGGGGCAUUAAUUUUUACGUUCGGUGUCUAAUAGAUCGUUUUCACUGUCACGCAACAAAAAAAUAAAUUGGAAACCGUUCAGUGGAAGAAGCCAAGAAAAUGAAAUGUUAUAAAAUAAAUUCCAAAGCUUUCACGACUCCAUUUUCUCGCAAUUCCCAGAAGAGACUUGAGCACAAAGAGAACCACACCAAAUAUAGAAAUAUGACCGGAAAGCCUCGGAUUCAUGUUAGAAUCUUAAUAUAUCGAACGUGGGCUAAGAACCGAAAAAACUGUUGAAAGGAGCCGCACAGGAUUAAGAAAGGGUUCCCACGAUUACCGGAAAUGAGGUUGAGAAGUGCUGUUUUGAUUAUUAUGUCUUUUUUAUGAGAGAAUAUUGAUAAUACAGGUUAACACACACGGUAAUAAAAACUGUCUAGUCAUAGAAACUGCUUACUGAUGCCGUCUAAAUUGUAAGUUACUAGUGUUGAUAUUUAAUUUCUUGAUUCUUUGGCUGUAUUUUAGAUCCGUAAAGUGAUACAACGAAAGAGAGAAAUCUGGUCAAGUCGUCGAACGACUCUAUUCUCACCUUCAUCGUUACCGACCACAUCAACAGCUGGCAUUUUAUCGUCUAAAGGAGCUACACUUUCGGUAACUGUGACUUUCUUUAGGAGUCUUUGUGACAGCACCAAAUCUAUUGAAAUCGCAGAUAAACCCCCCGGAAUAUUGGUAUUGAAUUAUAAGCUUUUCGUUUAUAUCGUCAUUGGCUAUUAAUCCUCUAUACAUAACAGCAACAACAACAAAAAACAAGAAAGCAAAAAAAAAAAAAAGAAAACAGAAAAUACAAAACUGGACAAAACAACAAAACUCACAAUACAACGAAGGCAUUUGGAAGAAACAUGAAUCUUGAUACUGAUUUAUUAAGUAGGCCUUUAUGGCAUAAGAAUUGAUCGCGUAGCUUAGAAACUACACCGUUCUGCAUAGGCUGAUUCAAUUUUAACUGUUCUUGAUCAGUUAGGCAAACAAUCCAAACUCCCAAGUAAGUUUCAAUAGUAAUUGACAAUCUCUUUCCUUUUAAAUCCCAGGAUGUUAACAUGAUGCCUGAAUCAGAGGACAAAAAGAUUACCGAAGGCACGAUAAACGGCGCUGUUAUCGAAUCCAGCCAAUCAGCAGAAGAAACACAAAACGCGCAUGAAAAAGUUGAUGACAACCUUAAAAGUGAGCUUCGUGGACCGCCAGCGUGGCUUCAAAAGGAAACUAAUCAGGGGUCUUCGAAAGUGAAAUUACCUCCAGUUACAGAGGCGCAUGUAAAUAAGAAGAGAAAGAGACAUUCUAGAAAUUCCAGACAAAACAGCCGAGUAAAAAUGAAUUCAACAAUAGAACCUGUGCCAGAGGAGCUUCCUAACUUAAAUGUGAACACUUGAAAUGUUUUUCCCCUGAUUAGUUAUAAUACUAGAGGUAAUCAUUGAUUACGGAUCCACGUUCGUCACUUACGGAAGAGCUAACGAGUCGAAAGGAGUCCAGUUUCCCGGGCGAGAUGCCCCUGAUAAAAUCAGUGGGGGGGCUAAUCGGCAGUCGCCCCCGAUACCUCGAAAAUUUGUGGCUUUGUACCACAGGAACACCAAGAUUAGGAUGCGUUCUGACGAACUCGAAAAAUUAACGAAAGUUAUUAGGUGCGCAUGACAUGCACACUGAGCCGUUGGUCCGUCGAAUUGCACAGUGGAACCAUUUUUAAUAGGGGCUUUAAGCAAUUCGCUACGGCGACCUCUACUGCGACGGUCGGAAGUAAAAAAGCCCAAAAAUGACGAAGUGCGCAGGCUCGGAAAUAACCCUUUGCCAAGUCCUAAACGUGACGCUGUCUUGUGGCGUAGUCGCUAUUGCUCGAGUAUAAAAUUCGACGUUUUCUCCUGUUUGCAAUUUGGCUGACGACGGUGACGUACUCUCCCCAGGACUCCGCAUCCACGACAUAGUGACUUGCUUAAAGUCCCUAUUGGCUGGUGCGAGGUUCCGUAGAAAAGUGGGUGUAAAUAGGCCAAUUCCGAGUUCCAAAACCCCUUACUUUCAAAAUGAAGGCCAAGUACACAACCUUUCUUGUGAAAAUGAGUUUUGUUUGCAUGAGAAUGAAAAAUCAUUUCCAUAUCAAAGGCUGAGCACUUAACCUCGUUUUGAUACAGAAGCCCGGGGCAACUCGAAUAUGGCCUAUUCCUUCCCCAAACAACCCCAUGGGCAAUUCAACACAACUACGGACCUAGUCUUAUGCACAACUUCAAGUUUGCCAAUUACCAGACGCAUACAGGUACAAUUAUAAAAGGCGUAAACAUUAUCAAAACUACCAUGUUAACCAUUUACUUUGCGAGACUUUCAGGAUCUCAUGUGUCUUGGCAUCUGUCGCCCGUGCUUAGCUGUUUCUGCAACACUUCAUAACACUUAACAUGUUUUAAAGUUAGGUAUUAGAUUUUUGUUUCAACCCCUAAAUAGAAACGUAUUACCCAAGGGGAGAAAAGGGCACAUAUGAAAAGACAGACAGGAAUUAGAGAAAUAAAUAUCUAGCCGAUAAUUGAAAGCUUGUCCGGCGAUAUUUGCAGCUAUUUAAUUAUGUUCCAAAAGGCAGGUUUUUUGCUUCCGAUAUAACCGAAAACGACACUAUUCAGGGAGAUGAAAAAAAACUAAAUUGUGUUAGCGAGGAGAACAAAAGGAGGAUAAGGGGA